AUGGCGGAGACCGAGGCAGCGUCCGUGGCGGUGGCGGCGGAGGCGGGUCCGGUGGAGGAGGCGAGGAGCAAGACGGUGGUACUGGUCGGCGUGGACGACAGCGACCAUAGCUACCGCGCGCUCGAGUGGGCCCUGCGGUACGUGGCGGAGACGGCCGGCCCCAGGGCGCCGACGGAGCUCGUCGUCGUCCACGCCAAGCCGGUCGUGUCCUCCGUCGUCACCCUCGGCGGCCCCGCCGCCGCCGGGGACGUGGUGCGGUACGUGGAGGCGGACCUGCGCAGGAGGGCCGAGGAGGUCGUCGACAGGGCUCGCCGCGUCUGCCCCGCCAACUCGGUGCAGGGAGUGGUGAAGGUGAUCGACGGGGAGCCGAGGUACGUGCUCUGCAACGCAGCCGAGAAGCACCACGUCAACCUGCUGGAAUUUAGUCUAUUUAGGCAGCCCAAUAACUAUUUCAGAAAUUCCUAAUAAAUCCUAAAGACCCACUUAGCCCAUUUG